CAGAUGUUCCAGCCUAUCAUUUUACUUAUUCUCAUUCUUGUAUUAUUUUCAUCACUUUCUUACACAACAAUAUUUAAACUUGUCUUCCUUUUUACAUUGUUUUUUGUACUGUAAAUCUUUCAUCAUUUACCAUUCAUUGUAGUAUUUUCAGUUUGUUUAUUUUGUUCACCCCUCAAGACAAGAAGUAAAAGAAGUAUAAUUUCUGUAGUAACCAAUGCUAUAAAAACACUGAAGACUACUUAUUCCUUUAAGAAGACACAGCUCAUCUUACCACCAUCAAAUUCAAUAAGAAGCCCAGGCACUAAAAUAUUUCAGGCUUUAUUUUAAAGACAAGUGAGACUGCUUCCAAUAAAACAACUCCAAGCUUCCAAGAAACAGUUAAGAGAAGGCAGCAAGGAGCAGAAACACUUCUUUGCUGAUACUUACACUGUUGCCAUGGACCUACAUAAGCAGUGGGAGAACACAGAGACUAACUGGUACAAGGAGAAGAUGGAAUUGUUGGACCAGUUUGACAAUGAAAGAAAGGAAUGGGAAACUCAAUGGAAGAUCAUGCAGAAGAAGAUAGAAGAGCUAUGCCAGGAAGUAAAGCUUCGGAGGAAAAUCAACAUGAAUGAAUGUGCUAAGAUCAUGGAUCUUGAUCAUGAGAAGACCAUUCAGGACAAAAUGGUAGAAUCUUCUCCAAAUUACCCCAGUUCAAGACAAUGUGAGUUUAUAGGAAUGAAUCACAGGGAUGGUCUGAGAAAAGAAAAUAAAGCAGAGCAGAGCUUAGUCAGUGAAGGACAUCCGAUGUGUAAGGAACAAAAAGCAACAAAAAAAUCAAAAAUAGGGUUUUCGGAUCCUUUGGCCACAGACAACCGAAAGGAAUGUGAAGCCUGGCCUGACCUGAAGACUUCUGAGGAAGAGAGCAAGAACUGUUCUGGUGCCCUCAACACAGCCCUUGAAGAACUUGCCAAAGUUAGUGAAGAAUUAUGCAGCUUUCAAGAGGAAAUUCGAAAGCAGUCUAACCAUAGAAGGAUGAAGUCCGAUUCUUUUCUCCAGGAAAUGCCAAGUGUAAGUAACAUGCCUCAUGGCAACCAUAUGAUCAACAAUGGCCAGUGCGUUCUUCCAGUCAAUUUAGAAAAAGAAAAACAGAAAAAUAGAAAGAAACUGAACUGUACCAACAUGUUCCAAAGCAAUUCUGUUAAAAAUUGUGGAAUCGAUACAAUUGAUCUUCAAAGAAAUGAAACUCCACCAAUUCCUCCUCCGAGAAGCACCUCUCGAAAUUUCCCCAGCUUGGAUUCUCAACAAGCCUAUGAAAUGUUGAAGGAAAGAUUGGAUUACUACUGCUCGGUGGCUCCGGAGGGUCAAAGCCAAAGGAACUGCAAUCCUCACUUCCUCUCUUGGCAGCAUGAGAUGCCCAUGUUGUGUCCAAUUGAAGAAAAGACUUUGAGGGAUGGUAUUGCAUGUUCCUCUUCAGCACCAGAAGUCCAAACAGAUAGCAAGCCUCCAAGUGAUGAAGAUGUUGAACUUAGUAUGGGGUCAUGUGACACUGGGAUGGGAGCAGAAGAAGGCUCCUCCACUUUGUGGUUUCAAAAAACCUGCUCUACCCCCGAUAAGUCAAAAUACGAAAUGGUGAUCUCGAAUCACCCUGCGAAAUGCCAUCCUGAUCUUCAUGCAAGUAAUGACCGCAGCUCCUCGGUGACACAGAGCGGUAGCCCACUUAGAAUGUUUGGUUGUGACUUUGGAAGAACUACAAGGAAUGAAAAACUGGCAGCAAAGACUGAUGAAUUUAACAGAAUUGUAUUUAGAACAGAUAGAAAUUGCCAUAGAGUACAGCAAAAUCAAAGCUAUUCAAAAUCAUCUGAGGAUCUUAAGCCCUGUGAUACCUUACCCACUCGUACAGGUAGCAUAUCAGACAGUGACAAUGUGUCUGGUGUUUGGAAAGCCAAUGCCCACAUGCCUGUGCCCAUGAAAAAUGUGCCUAAUAAUCCCACUAAGAAAUUCACACCAGGCCUAGACAGACAAAUGCAGGGCCACCUCAGUCCUCGUAGUUAUCGGAAUAUGCUCCACGAGCAUGACUGGAGACCAAGUAAUUUGUCGGGCCGACCAAGGUCUGCUGAUCCGAGGUCAAAUUAUGGGGUUGUGGAAAAGCUGCUGAAAACCUAUGAGACAUCAACAGGAUUUGCACUGCAAAAUUCUAAGUGCUUUCGGGAUAAUGUCACCAAAUGUAAUUCCUGUGUCAGUGGUGGUACCACAAUAAGUCAGCAUUUAGAAAUGCUCCAAAUGGAACAAGAAUUUCAGCAAAAGACAGCUAUGUGUGCAGGACAGCAAGUGAAGCAAGAAGUAGAUCAGAAAAAGAUGACAGAGGAAGCCAUGACAGUGAAAGUCUCACAUGGAAAAGGAUUUUCCCGACCUGCUAGACCUGCAAACCGCCGGCUGCCAUCCAGGUGGGCAUCCAGAUCUCCAUCAGCACCCCCCGCCUUGCGGAGAACUGCCCACAACCAUACUAUUUCUCUGCAGUCUGAAGCAUCAAUGGUCUAAGACUCUGGCCUGGAUUGCUGGAUUACAAGAAGUUAUAGUCUCAGUUGUCAGACAGCAUUCUGAGUGUUUAUAGCCAAUCCUGUUCUCUUCUUUAUCUUUCAAGAUCACUGGGACGAGCAAUCUAAAUCUUAACUUUCCAUCAGUCUUCAGUGUUUUUAAUCUAUGGAAUAAUUAUCUUCUUGUAUUUUGUUUCUUAGAUCAGGAUUUUUUAGUGCCAUCCUCAUUAAUUUUUCAGAAUGAUUUAAGUUGAAACAAUGUACAAUAUUGUAUAUUCUAACUUUCUUGCAAGUGGCAAAAAGUAAGGUUAUGUGCAUGGCUAUGUGUUUGUAGGUGCAUGUGUUGAAAUAGGAAGUAUCCUAGUAUGUACUUAGAUAAGAUAAAACCUAUGUGCUAGUGUUGACUUUGAAAUUAUAACAUGUAUACCUAUAUAUUCUUUGUGUUUAUUUAAAAGUUUUGGAAAUAUACAGUACUGUUUAUAUUUUGUAUGCCUUUUAGUAGGUAUCCACUUAAGGCACUUGUGGUACAUAUAUUAAUCAACCACUUCCUUGACCCUCAGCUACACUGAAAAAUAAGAAUUAUACACAUAUCUAGCAUUGGUAGAUUUCCAAGAAAACUCAUAGUUUCUUAACCCAUGUAAGGAUAAAAUAAUACCAUUAAUCUCCUUGCUUAUUCUUUUUAAAUAAAAGUGUCAUAAGUUAAACAGAUCAGCCUUCUAAAGCAAGUAUAACAUGUUUAUAAGUGCUUUUACAGGUCAUUUGGUAGUCUAGUAUGGCUUUAACUGUAUACUUGAUUCUCACAGCCAGUAUCAUGAGACUGCCUUAUAAAUGACAUGACUAAAUAAUGAAUUGAUUUUGUCAACUUUAGUAACAAACGUUCCUUAAAUGGGAUGCAAAAAAAAUUAAAUUAUGUUGAAUUUCAUUUUUUGUUAAAAUUGUAGUAAGCUUUUAGUUUAGCUGCUUUACCUGGAGUCAUACAUAUCUAGAGGUAAGUCAUUUAUUUUUCUUCUAAACUUAUACUUAAAAUUAGUAGAUAAAAGACUAAUUCACUUUUUUAUUAACAAGGAAGAUCAGGAAUAAUGUUUCAUUGAGAGCUGAAUUAUAUUUCUUAUAGUGUGCUACAAAAAAAAAAUCAUAAAAAGCCUUAAACUAAACCUUGAUAUCCAUAGUAGCAUCAGGAAUAGAAAUAUAUAUUUUGGAUACAAUUUGCAUACAGUAAACAUACAAAAUCUAAGCUGAGAAUUGACAGAAACCUGAAUGUUGAUGUGCUUGGAAUUCUACAUGGAAAAUAUUAGAAGCAACUUUGCUCUCACUGUCUCUACAUAAAGUCAAUUAUCAUUAGGUACUGAUUCUAUUUAACCUUUUUUUUUUACUAUCAAAGAAGCUUAAGAAAUUCUUAUAGCCAAAUGUAUGCAAAGAGACUUCUCCUUAUGAUGUAUUUUAACUAAAUCAUUUAGAGAAAUUCACAUCAUUAAACACUGUGACCCGAGGUACAGUAAAUUUUCAAAUCUCAGACUGCCUUGAAAGGCAGUAGUAUAGUGACGUCUAGAUUUGUGCUUUACAUUAAGGAGACUUUCAAAAAUUAACUGAAAUCAAAAUUCUCAAAUGUGAUUUUGGAUCGGAUGGUAAGUAGGGCUAUGGAUUGACUUUUUUGUUUUUUCGCUUGUUUCCUUCAAGAAGAUCUUUUUCUACAAGAAACCUAUCAAAGAAAAGUAAACUAGAACCAACAAUAUUACUCUUAUAAUACAUUUUCAGCUAGAGGAAAGAAAACACCGGGAAUGUGAAAUCCUGGGGCAUACAACCAUGAACCUGAUAGGAAAAUGCUGCUGCAGUGAAAGCCCACCCAAGGACGUGGCAGUAGAGAAAGCCCACCCAAGAAUGUGUGACAUUUUUCUUGCCAGCACUGUACCUCAAGCAGUCUGGUAUGAUCUGUGGUUCCUAAGUAGUUGAGAAUCUCUUUAAAAAAUGAAAUUUCUGACCUCACCCCAUAAUUACUAAAGCAAAUUUGCCAGGGGUGGAGACUGGGACUCUGGAGUCUUUAAUAAAAACAGAACAAGACGAAAUAUUUGAUGGCCAGAAAGAUUUCCAAGCAAUGACAGUGAUUGAUACUUGAAUGGAUAGGUAUCCUUGUAAGGUCACUUUCCUUCCCUGGGACUUACCUUUGUUAUCUAUACAUUAAAAGGGUUCUAAUGUUAGGCUUCACAAUUUUAAGACACUUUUUUCUAUUAACAUUUGAAUGAACCAGUGAGCAUUGAACAUUUUAACAUCUUAUGUUGACUAAAAUCAUAGAAUAUUGGAGCUGAAAAAAAAAAUUAGCCUUUAGUUCAAUCCCUUUAUCGUAAAACUGAAGAAACUAAAACAGAUUCUAUGAAUGUUGUUUUCUCUUUUUAAAUAUUUUAUAAUAUUUUAAUAGAAAAACCUACCAGGUAAAUGGAAAUUAUCCUUGAAAAUGUUUUUUGAUGUAUUGUGAUUUUUACUAGUAAUUUUUCUACUUUGGAUGGGCAUUUUCCUCCCAAGAACUUUCCCUUCAUUAUGCCAUCAUUGCUAGAUGUAAGGGAUUUGUAUGCAUAGCUAGAAAUAUUUGAUUAGCAACUUAUAUUAAUGUUUUCCCUAGCAGACAUUUGGGGCAAAAAUCUUAUUUAACAGGAGAUUGUUGGUAUUAUGAUAUUGCUGAUCUCAGAAAGAAAUAAGAAUGAGGCAGAGAAGAAUGCUUGAGUUUCUUUGUGUGUGAAUGUGUGCGUGUGUGCACACCAUCCUCACACAAGUUUUCUCUAUAUUGCUUUAUGUCCCAAAGUCAAUAUAAAAGUAUAAAUGAUGCUUUGUAUGAUUAACAUGAUCAAAAAUGAUCCAUAACUUUGUUUUUAUAUAGACAGUGAAGAUGAUCAUAUUUUUCUUUGCAGAUGUUGCCAUAAAACAUAAUUUACUUCUACAUAGGUUAUUUAACCAGGCUCUGUGUUAUCCUGAGAAAACAUCUGAACUUUAAAAGGAGUAUCUGCUUACGUACAAAGAUAUUUAAAAUUAUUUUUAAGCACAUUUGCUGGUAAACAACUACUUGAUAUUGAAAUCUGCAGCCAUUAGAAGCUAUCAAAUAAAAAAGGUGUGGAAACACCCACUGUGGCAUUUGUAUACAUUGAGAACAUUUUUAUUUUCUUUUCUGCAGUGAAAUCCAGUGCAUUCCAGAAUCUUAUAACGUCUAAACUUUAAGUGCUAAACUCAAAACAGUUCAAUCUAGCCUCUUCCAAAAUAUCUCCCAGUAAAUUUAAGACAUCUGCCUGACUUCUUGCUCCUGGUCAUUUGGUUCCUCAUACACUGACAGCCUCUCUGUGUCCAUUUAACUGCUAAUUGAGCAUGAUAAAAGUUUUCUUUGAGAGCAUUAACCUCUGAAAUUUGCAUUUACAUGAUAAAGUUAAUUACAUUAUUUUUACGCAAAUUCAAAUUUCUAGUAUAAGACUAUUUUGCUUCAAAUUCUGCAUUUUUUAAAAGAAUUAAGUACAUUUAUCAAUUGUAAAAGGAUUUCAUUAAGCCAAAAAUAAAGAAAAAUUGGGAGGGGAGGGAUCCUUCAGACAAAUACUAAAGAUGACUUCUACUCAAUCAUUUUUAUGGCAUAAAUUGUUCUUAUAGAAAAUUUUUGUUUUAGUGGAAAUAAAAUUAUAAUACUAACAUCUGAUACACAUUUCAAUGAUCUUAUGAAUCCAGUAGGCAUGAUUGACAAACUCUGGGGAAAAAAAUCUGUAUGAAGCUAUGGAGAAAUCUAGAAAUUUGAAGAGUCUAGAUUUGUACAGACAUAAAAUGUCACUCAGAACAAUCUCAUUGAGAGGUGAGAAACCUAAAACUAAGAGAGGUCUAUGUGGCCACCAUGGCUACAGGGACAAAAUCCAAGCCUGGGCUCAAAUACUCAUGUCCUACUUUCCUGUGUAAAUGUCCCUUGUGCAUCUAAUACUUUAUUGUUUGCAAAGCACAUUUAUAUUCCAUGACAACAAACUUCAAGGCAGGCAUUGUGAUUUCUAAUUAAAGAAGGAGAAAUUGAAUAAUGAAGAUGAUAAUUAGAAUAAAUAUUUUCCAAGAUAAUAGAAAUAAAUUGAUGGCUCUUUACUCUUAGCUCAGGCUCUUUCCAAUCUUCUUUUCCCAAGGAAAAGAGUGAAUAUUUUGCAUUUUUGUUAUGCUAUGUUUUAUGCAUGCCACUGAAAUUGUUUAUUUUGCUCUCAUUGAGAGUUUCUCUUGAUUCUUUUGAUGACCUCAAUUGAAAGUCAUCGCUCCUGAUUUAUUUGGUUUUAACAAAUUCAAGAAAUUGUGCAUGAGGCUUACUUUAACAAAAUAUUUUCCAUUUUUAAUGUCUAUGCUCCGAUUUUAUACAAAAUUUUUAAUGUAGGACAUGAUGUUGUAGGUACAACCAAUAAACAGCUAAGCAGUCAUCAUCUAUAGCAUUAGUGAAUUCUGACCCUGACCUCCUUAAUCUUCUACAGAAUCAGAAAAGUUUCAUGCUUUAUAACUUACAUGUACUCCAGAAUAAAUGACAGCAUUCUACUUGAA